AUGGUGUAUGGGCAGAUCCUUGGGCACAGCCUGGACGACUCUUUUAUCAAUGUCAAUGUUGGUGGUUUCAAACAACGAAUGGAGCACAAUAUUCUGAUGCGAUUCCCACAGACGCGCCUGGGUCGUCUUCUGUGUUGUAGCUCUAAAGAAGCAAUCCUGGAGCUCUGCGAUGACUUCAGUCCUUCUGAAAUGGAGUACUACUUUGACCGCAACCCCCGUUUUUUCUGCUACAUUCUCAACUUUUACCUCACAGGCAAAAUCCACCUGGUGGACGGGUUGUGCAUAGUCUCAUUUAUUCAAGAGAUUGAGUACUGGGGAAUCAAGGAGCGCCACCUGGACCUCUGCUGCAGCAACAAAUUCCAUGAGCUGAUGGAGCUUGCAAAGGACAAGUGCUGGGAUCAGAGGAGCGAUGAACUGCAGCUCCAGAGCUUGGACUCUUCUAUUGAGGAGCUUUCGGUUUCGGAGGACAACCUAGAAAUGUUUGAAGGUUCCUGGUGUGCAGAUGUCCGCAAGAACAUUUGGAUCCGACUUGAGAAUCCAGGUUUCUCCACUUCAGCCAAAGUGAUGGCUGUAGCAUCCCUAAGUGUAGUCAUCAUCUCUAUUAUUGCCAUGUGCAUCCACAGCAUGCCGGACUUCCAUCAAGUAGAUCACAAUGAGAAGGAGAUUGAAAAUCCAGUAAUGACUUUCUUUGAGGGCUUCUGUGUCCUGUUCUUCUCUGCAGAGUUUAUUCUUCGAUUGGCUGUUGCACCAUCAGCUAAGAAGUUCUUGUGCAGCCCUCUCAAUAUUAUUGACUUAAUGUCUAUCAUGCCCUUCUAUGUCACGUUAGCCUGUGAUAUAAUGGAUGAAGGUGAGAACACAGACCUGGAGAAUGUUGGCAAAGUGGUGCAGAUCUUGAGGUUGAUGCGAGUGUUUCGCAUCCUAAAACUGGCUCGCCACUCAUCUGGUCUUCGUUCUCUUGGUGCCACACUGCGACACAGCUCCAGUGAAGUAGGGCAGCUGGUGCUUUUCUUGUCUGUGGGCAUUUCCAUGUUUUCUGCUCUCAUUUACUGUGUAGAGAAAGACUCUCGAGAGUCAGAGCUGCAGACUAUGCCUAUAGGCUGGUGGUGGGCCACCAUUAGCAUGACUACAGUGGGCUACGGGGACACCUUUCCCGUUACGCCUGCAGGGAAGCUGAUAGGAACCCUGUGCAUCGUCUGUGGGCUGCUGAUUGUGGCUCUACCCAUUACUAACAUCUUCAAUAAGUUCUCCAAGUUCUAUCAGAGGCAAAAACUCAUUGACAAAGCAACAAGUGAACCACCUCUAGCAGGAGAUGCAAUGUCAAAACAACUGACUCACAACUGAUGAGGAGUUGUAGUAAACUUGACUAAAAUAAAUGGGGGCUUAGUAUUCAAAGGUCAAGCAAGUCUUUUUUUUUCUUGUGUUGUGACAAAUAUGUUAAUUUCUUAAGCGAAUAGUUCAGCCACUUUGGGAAAUUUGCUUUCGUGCCAAGAGUUACAUGAAAAGAUUGAUACCAGUCUCAUAUUUGUGCAUUAAAUAUUUAAGUUGCUAAGCUUAAUGAAGACUGGCACCAGGGGAAAGAAACUAAUUUGACUCUGUUCAAAAGUUCAAAACAAAACAACCUACCAGCAUGGGCUAUUUCUUGGCCAGGACCGCUUUCUAGGCAAUCACUCGAAACUUCUCUGGCACAUAGAUCCUCAACGAAGACUGUUGUUCAGAAUAGUUCACAUUAAACACUUUAUUUAUAUA